AUGCAACUACAAAGAAAAGGCGGCCCGGCCGAAGCCGGUAUAUUUUUGAAUAUGGCGGUUGAAAAGACUUCAAUCCCAUUAGUAGAGUUUGCAAUUAGUCAUGAACGCAUUGCAAAUCUUGCAGAGAACUACAAAUAUCGAGAUAAUCAAAAAAAUCGAAAUGGUCAAACCACACCACCUACAUCUUUCAUGCGUAGAUUCCCAGAUACUCCACGAGUAAAAUUGUUACUUAAGUGA